AAUGUCCGCGCCUCAGGGCAUGGCGCACCUUGUCUGUAUCGUGGAAAACGCGCGCAUACACCGUCGCAACGCGCCCACGACGCCGUUUUGGGGGCAACGCGGAACUGCGGUGUCGGCAUCUUCUGGAACGCGCGCUCGCCCACGCAUUCGACAACGCCGUAUACCACCCGAGCACCUCGAUGCCCCCACUCGGGGAGCUGAUGGUAUGCGCCCUGUAUGCACCUCAACACACCCUGUGACGCGCGAGGCCGCCGCACGCGUCCUGCGCGGGUGACGAUGCCUGGUUGGCUGGCAGUCCCGAACUGGCCCCGCCUCUCUCUGGCGUCCCGACGGCUUUGUGUACGGCUGGCAGCUGUAUGACACCCGAUGUGUAUCGUAUUUCUCCCGUACUGGAUAACCCCAAUACAAGAAUAUUCACACCCGGCUUAAAGCUUGACACAAAGACCGCACAACACCCUCCAACGCAUCAACGGAGUUCCC